GGGCGCUCCCGGCGCGGGGCGGCAGCAGCAUGGGCCGGCGGGGCCGUGCCGCGCCCGCGCCCCCUCCGCGCCCCGCCGCCCCGCACCGCUAGAGCCGCCGCCAUGGGCUCCCACCUGCCGCCGCAGCAGCGCCCGGAGCCGCCGCUGGUGCUGCAGCUGGCGGCCGGGGCUCUGCAGGCGCAGAACUUGGAGCUGUCGGGCGGCGGCCUGGGGCCCGAGUGGCAGGUGCUGCUGGGGCGCGCCGACGCGCUGGCGUUCGGCGGGCGGCUGCACGAAGCGCUGCCGCUGUACCAGCUGGCGUCCCGGCACCAGCAGCUGCGCGCCGAGCAGCUGGAGAAGCUGGUGGAGUGCCUGGCGCAGAGCGUCCGGAUCAAAGAGGGGCUGCCCGCCGCCGGGAGCGGCCCCCCGCAGCCCCGCGAGUGGGACGUCUUCAGGUGCCGCAAAUGCCAGGGCUUCCUCUUCGAGCCCGUUUCCUUGCCUUGCGGACACACGUUCUGCAAAAAGUGCCUGGAGAGGGACCGAGCGGCCGAAUCCCGCUGCGUCCUGUGCAAGGAGGCGGAGGGCGGCGCGGCGCCCGGGCAGCUCCCGCGGGUCAAUGUCAUCCUCAGCAAUCUGCUGGCCAAGUGGUUUCCCUGCCAAGUGAAGGCUUCGCAGCUCAGGCACGAAGGGAACCUCCUCUACAAGGAGAAGCAGCUGCAAGCCGCCCUGCAGAAGUACAACGAAGCGGUCAGCCUAGCUCCAAAUGACCAUUUGCUCUACAGCAACCGGUCCCAGAUUAACUCGACUUUGAAAGCUUGUGAAGAUGCGCUGCAUGAUGCAGAAACAGCAUGCAGGCUCCAGCCAUACUGGUUGAAAGGUCACCUAAGGAAAGGACAAGCAUUAGCUAAUCUGGGGAAAACAGAAGAAGCUUUAAGAGAGUUUCUAUUCUGCCUUGCUCUAGAUACUGGGAACAAGACUGCCAAGUCUGAGGCACAAAAGCUUCUACUUAGUUUGUUUUCACUCAUCCCGGGAAAUGCUCAGGAACACUUACCCGAUAUCCUGCAGCUGUUGUCACAUCACUCUAGAUUAAAGGGGAAUCUCCUAAAUUCAGUGGGAUCUGGAGGCACCAGCCAUAACCUACAGAGGUUGCUCAAGGUAAAUGUGGAACAGAAAAAGGGUUUUUCCAUUCAAGAGGAACCAAACGUAACUACUUCUGGUAGUUUGAGGAAAUCUAUACAAAUUACAGAGAGCAAAAAGGACUGCUCAGAGGAGGAGAACAAACUCGCCUCCAUGCCAGAAUCUACCUUUCUCAUUUCUGACAAGUGCAGCCUCCUGAAAAGGAAGUGCUGCUCAGAGGAGAUGCGAAAUGCUGAGCUCCCCUGCAAAGUGAUGAAGAAAGAUACAGUUGAUACUAAGGGAAGUAGUACCGGACAACAUACUCCGUUUGAAUUUGUGGAUCCAUCAGAUUUGGACUGCUCCCUGUGUAUGAGGCUUUUCUAUGAACCUGUCACUACACCUUGUGGACACACCUUCUGUCUCAAAUGUCUUGAGAGAUGCCUAGAUCACAACCCAAAAUGUCCCCUGUGCAAGGAGGGGCUCUCAGAGUGCUUGGCUAUGAGGAAAUACUGUAAAACAGUACUAAUGGAGGAGUUAAUAGCCAGAUAUCUUCCAGAGGAACUCACUGAAAGGAGAAAGAUUUAUGAAGAGGAAAUAGCAGAGCUUUCCAACCUAAACAAGAAUGUUCCCAUAUUUGUCUGCACAAUGGCUUAUCCCACAGUCCCAUGCCCUUUGCACAUCUUUGAGCCAUGUUAUCGCCUGAUGAUUCGAAGGUGCAUGGAGACUGGCACCAAACAGUUUGGGAUGUGCAUCAGUGACCCUGUAAAAGGGUUUGCAGACUAUGGCUGCAUUCUGGAGAUAAGAAAUGUGGAAUUCUUUGCUGAUGGUCGCUCUGUUGUAGACAGCAUUGGCAAAAGGAGAUUUAAGGUGAUACAGCACAGCCAGCGUGAUGGCUAUAACACAGCUGAUAUCGAGUACAUCGAGGAUCAAAAGGUGCAAGGACAAGAGUAUGCUGCAUUACUUGUUCUCCAUGAUUCUGUCUAUGAUCAGGCAUAUAUGUGGUUUAACUCCCUCAAGCAAGCACUCAAAAGUCGAAUUCUCAGUCAUUUUGGUCCAAUGCCAGCUAAGGAUCCUGACCCACAGGCUAAUCCUAACGGGCCAGCGUGGUGCUGGUGGGUCCUAGCUGUCCUUCCACUUGAGAACAGAGCUCAGCUCCCUUUCCUUGCCAUGAAAUCCCUCAAAGACCGCUUGAAUGGCAUCAGACGUGUCCUUACAUUCAUGUCUCGUACAAGAUCACGGUGAUGGUGAGAAGGAGAGCUGUGAAGUCUCCCACAGUUCUUGACUGUAGACUGUCUCUUGUAACUUCAUCUAACUGCAAUAAUGUCUUACAGAUUUGAGUGUCAGGAUGUUUCAAGCCUCAGUUUGAAAGGAAAUGCAUUCUAAAGAGCAAGGGAUGUUUAUGGAUACUUCAAUAGUUUCCAUUUGGAACUCUGAGAUGAUUACUCAAUCACUGCACUGCUAAAUUAAUAACAAAUGUGAUAGAACAAAAAGUGAUUUUGUUUGCCAUAAACCUUUUAAAAAGCUUAAGGGGUUUUUAUUUAUUUUAUUUUUUUUUUUUUAGUGGAUAAAGGAUAAACUGUGCAGUUUAAUGUGAAGCAGAAAUAAUAAUGUUAAUGCAUUAUUUCAGUGAACUGCAAAGUCUUUUAUUCCGAAUGGUUCAGGUUUUAUAUAACAUUGUGUAAAAUAAUGUUCACAACUUCCGUUUGAUAAUUUAUUUUUGCAACAUGAUUUUUUUGUUUCAAAAUGUAUAUUAUUUAUGUGUUCAUUCUCUAAAGGAAAGUGAGCUGCUCUAUUUAUUUAUAGUGUUUUUACCCUGUAUGUAUGACUGGGGCAAAAUGAUGAUUCUAGCAGUACAUAAGCAACUGCUUUGAUAAUUUUUCAGAUAUUUGUGUUCAAAUAAUGAAUGUUUUUCUACAUAUCCCCAGUUCUCCUGUAGCUUAAGAAGAAUUUUUUUCCCUUGAAACAGCCUGCCAUGAAGUCUUUGAAUAGCCAGAUUAUGUCUGAGAUAUUUCAGGCACAGUUGUUGGAUCUUGAUCCUAUGCCUGCCAAUGGGUUCCUAGUAUCACAAAACAGUCAAGCACAUGCUUAACCUUAGGCAUGAGUAUUCAAGUGCUUGAGAAAAUUCAAGUCUUGAUCAGUUGAUGUCAGUGGGGAUUUGCCAUAGUGGUUACAGAAGGAUCUAUCCCUGAUUUUUCACAGAACAGAGAAUAACUUGGAGUUAAAUUUAUGUCUGAAUUCUCUCUUGAAGAAUGGAUAAUGGCUACAAGCAGCUGCAAAGAAAGAGCCACAAUAUAUGAGAAGUGGCUUCUACUAAAGAAAACUGGAAAUUAUUGGUAUCAUUUCACUGUAGGUUACUACAUAGAUUUUUUUUUUUUUUUUUUUAAUUUUUUUUAAUUUUUCUUUCCCCCCAACUCUUGUUGCUGUUAACAUCACUUUUAUUUCUUACAAUUGUUUGGUGGGAUUUGGCUUUGGAGUGUGUAUAUGUGGUGGGUGGAGGGAGUUAUUUUGAACUGUAGGACUCAGAGGGCAGUUUUUGUCACAUGAGAAGGAAUAUGUUGUAAUAAAUGCUAUUUAUUUCACCCCAAUCUUCAGGCUUCUGUUAGCUUCAAAUCUCUACCCAGCCGCUGCAUUUCUCUUAAGAGAUUGGGCAGUGUUGCUAAUAAUUAACUCUCAAGGAAAACAAGUGAAUUAUAGCAAGAAGUAAUCGCACUAAAAAGAAGGUAAAAAUAGAGCAGAAAUGAGAACAGGAAGUAUCCUGGCUUUGAUUUUUAUUCUGUUUUAAAUCAAUAGUUCAUAUACUUGUUUCGCUGCUUUUAUUGCUUUCAGUCUACCACUUUCUGGGACUGAUUUUGCCUCCAUCUGACUUUUCAUUUCUCACUGAUUUCAGUGUGAGCAGAACUGGGCCUUUUAUUCUAAGCUGCUGUUUUCCUUUUCAGUGGCAAAAAUAGACUGAAUUGAGAAUGUUGUGGAAUGCUACAAAUUUCUUUAUUUUUACCCAGGAGAGCACUCUUUGCCAUUCCAUGCCUUUAUGAAAAAAUGCAGUAGAAUUUAAUGUCAAGCACAUCAUCAGAAAUAUUUAUUAAAGUAAUUUCCAUACUGUUAAGUUUUCAUAAAACUACCUUUGUUCCCCCUAUUCUAUAGAACUUUUCAACAAGGGUACCAAAGAAAGGCAUGGAAGACAAACAUGUUUCAACCUUGUGAUGCAAAUGGAAUACAUAUCCUGUGUUUGCAUUGAGCUACUCUAGAAAAGCUACAACUUAUUUCCAUACUCCUAGACUGCUGCACUUCUUCCAUAGGUGGUACUUUACAAGCUUCUCUGUAAAUAAUGUAUAGAAAUACAUACAGGUAUUUUUGAGGUUCAACAAGGCAAAAUGCCAGGUCCUGCAUUUGCGCUACAACAACCCCACAGUGCUCCAGCCUUGGGGAAGAGUGGCUGCAAAGCUGCGCAGGGAAAAGGACCUGGGGGUGCUGACUGACAGAGCUGAACAUGAUGCAACUUGUGCUCAGGCAGCCAAGAAGGCCAACAGCAUCCCGGCCUGUAUCAGCAAUAGUGUGGCCAGCAGGACUGGGGCAGUGAUCAUCCCCCUAUACUCGGCACUGGUGAGGCUGCACCUCAAAUCCUGUGUUUGGUUCUGGGCUCCUCACUACAAGAGAGACAUUGAGGUGCUGGAGCGGGUCCAGAGAAGGGCAACAAUGCUGUGAAGGGCCUGGAGCACAAGUGUGAUGAGGAACGGCUGAGGGACCUGGUGGGCUUUAGUCUGGAGGAAGGAAGGCUCAGGGGAGACCUUAUCACUCAACAAGUAACAGUGAUAGGACAAGAGGAAACGGCCUCAAGCUGCACCAGGGGAUGUUUAGACUGGAUAUUAGGAACAAAUUCUUCACUGAGAGGGUGUUCAGAUAUUGGAACAGGCUGCCUAGGGCAGUGGUAUGGAAUCGCUGUCCCUGGAAGUGUUCAAAAAUGGUGUAGAUGAGGCCCUUAGUGACAUGGUUUAGUGGUGGACUUGGCAGUGCUGGGGUAAAGGUUGGACCUCAUGAUCUUAAAGGUCUUUUCCAAGCUAGUUGAUUCCACGAUUCUACAUGUUCUGAACAAAAACAAGUGUAUGGUGGCUGACACCUACUAUGGCAUUUGUCUUCAUAAGUCAAUAACAAAGUGAUUUCUACUUGUUUGGAAGUAAAGCUGCAUUAAAUGCAAUUCUUCGUUAAAACAUUAUGUAUUAUUGCAUAACAUAGGGGGCCCACAUUGCUCCCAUAGGAAAAAGCUUUUUGUUACUCAUAUCUGUGAGAAAAGGAGUUUAGAUAUCUAUUUUAAACUGUUUUCUCACUGAUGUCAUUGUUCUUUUCCUCUGCAUGUUACAUCAUCUACAUACUUAUAUUCUGCCUAUUUUGUUAAUUUAGAAAUUUGCAUGGAAAGAAUCCUUGAUUUUAAAAGUGAGUAUUGUCUCUUCUAUUAGCUUUCACUAAAAAUGCCAGAAUUUCCUAAGCAGAAACUCGUGUACAUGCCCAGUAUCAUAAAUGCCCAGUGCAUCGGUUGCAACCUGGAAACACUGGACCUACUACAUGUAAUGCAUACAGUUGAUCUGCAUAUGCACAACAAAUCAAACACAUCAAGAAAGUUCAUCUGUACCUGUUCAGUAGGAUUCUAUCUGGGACUGCUCUAUGGCCACACAUCUUGGAUUAAUGGCUAAAGUCUGCAAAUUCCAUCAGAAAGAAAUAACCAGAUUUGCUAGAGAACACAAACCUGUCUAGGGAAAGCUGGACAAUGAAUAGCCUUAGCCUUCAGUGAGUUGAGACAAAGAUUCACUAAUGAGGUUUAAAACCCCAAAAAAAUCUAGUUAUGCCACAGUAUUGCUGAUUUUUUCAGUUGUAUUAAUCAGUACAUAGAUGUAAAUUACAACAUUGAUUAUAGGUAUGAAUAAACAGCUAAACAGAUUUAAAAGUACCUUCACUUACAGAAACAGCAUUGAUCAGAUAAAAUACUAAUUGGGGGAGUAUUUUAUUUAAGCUUCUCACAUUUUUUUGAGCUACCAAACCCAGGCCUAGACCUAGUCUUGCUCAUCUGUUAAAAAAAAAAUCAUGACAAACUUGCGUUUCUUGUGUGAGCAGAAGUAUUGAUCAAUCUUUGUUGUGAGGGUGUAAUGCACUGGCUUCUUGGAAAGGAGUUUUGUAGUUUUUAAUAAUGAAAUGAUAAAAUGGUGUGAUAGGCCAUUAUCAGUCUAAGUCUUAAAGAGAUAUUCUGGUCUUACUUGUAGAAGAUCCUCUUACUUUUUCUUAAUUUUAAGCGCUGAUAUCUUCCACUACCUUAUAGCAAUAAGAGAUGCCAGCUGUCAUACGGAAUGGCUGACCUAUGCCUUGGCUUAUCCUUCUGUCCUGUAUGACUGCUUACUAAUGGAACACCUAAACCAUGGAUUUCUUAAUCCAAAAAACCCCCUACAAACAAAACAUGGAUUUGGAUGUAGCAGGUCUGGCUUAAUCUGUACUGUAGAGAAAGAGCUUUAAAAUUUUUGGUUUAGAUGGUCUUUUCAUAGAAUCAUAGAAUCCCAGGUUGGAAGGGACCUCAAGGAUCAUCUGAUCCAACCUUUCUUGGCAAAAGCGUGGUCUAAGAUAAGAUGUCCCAGCCCCCUGUCCAGCCAAAUCUUAAAGGUACCCCAUGUUGGGGAAUCUGCCUGGGGAGAUUCCCAGGGAACUGCCCUGGGGAGAUAAUUCCAAUAGCUGAUUCUUCUCAUUGUGAAAAUUUUUCCUCUUACUGAUUUCCACUUGGUGCUGAAGUUUUACGGGCAUUUAAAUUAAUGAGAGACAGGAGUUAUUUAAAUGCAGUGUUUAGGAGUGGAGAAUAUGUUCACAAACUCUUAUUAAAAAAAAAGUGUAAAGUAACUACAGGAUUUUUGUGCAUAAAACCCCAUGAGGGGUAGUGCCCCCCAUUCCCCCAAGUCCUACACCAGAUGAACUCAGUCACUCCUUUCAACCCCUGCUUAGUUCUCAUUUAAUUUGUCAGCUUCACGACCUAAUUUGUAACUGGUGCAGCACAUAGUUUAGCAUAGCUACAGAAAAAUGGUAGUUUCAGCAAAGUCACUCUUUUGAGACACUUUGCUAAAUAAAUAGCACCUGGGUACAAGAAACUAAUAUGCUUAGGAUUAAAAUGGUGGAUAAUAAAAACAACGAUUACAUUGACUUACUCAUCCAGGUAUCAUGUGAAGUGCUUACUAAUGUUGGAGUUUCAUAAGGUCUAAAGUAACCCUCACAUAGAAGUGCCUGUAUUCUGUUAUUGCCAUUCUUGAGCUUUGUAAUAGAAUCAUAGCCAUAUAUUUUAUAAAUAUAAACAUAUGCACCUUUAAAUCUUUACAUUCAAUUUGCAGAACAAAGGUUUACAGAGCAGAAGUGUAGCAAAACCAAUGUAAUAGCUUCUAUAAUUCCCUGGUGAGGAACGGGAGAAGUACAAAAAUGAGGAGCAAAAGACUAUCUGUGUAAGAUGUCUUAAUUUGGAACCAUAUACUUGUCCAACUUAAUUCCAUCAAGCUAUGUGGUUACAAGAGUGCCAGAAAUAUAUCUAUCAAGCCAUUUUAAAUAAAAAGUUUUGUGGACUUGUAUAUUCCAUUUGUUUGUAAAACAUCCUUUUGUGCACUGUAAUGAACUUGAAAUGAAACUUAAGUUAUACUCUCAUAUCACUGAACAGAGUACUGUUCAGCUACCUCUACAUAAGGUUGAAGUAAUGUUUUUUUCCAAAUUUGUUCACAUUGUCAUAUAAACUAUAUUUUAAAAAAAAUCAUAGUCCAAAGAACCUGUAUGUGUUUGUAGAUGUACCUAUAACUAUGUUGUACCAA